UGAAUAAAUGUGUUAUUUAAUAUUCGUUAAAAAUAAAUAAAUAUAUUGUAAUGUUUGUAGUUAUUUUAGUAUCAUUUUGGCUAAUUUCCAAUAUCACCACAAAUUCAUCCAUUAUUUUUAAUCAUAACAAUAUAAAUGCACCAAAACUAUACCCCAAAUCAGUCGGUUCACUGAAGACAAUACCAACGAUUUAUGAAUAUCUUAACCAAUUAACAAUUCCUCGUUUGUUUAACUAUGAUAUCUUCAAAAAUGUCGAUCAAAUGGUUAACCACACAGAAGAUCUUAAACAAUGGUUUUGUACGACACUUAAUAUACAUGAUAUAAGUGACAAUUUAUUUUCAGAUUUUUUUAGAUACUAUUUAGAUAUCUUAAAGAAUGCAUUACAUUAUGUCAAAUCAAAUUCAAUGUGUCUAAUAAAUUGUUUGGGUUAUAUGAAUUUAUUUUCAUGUAUUACAGCAGUUAUGAGAUGCACGGGUGGCUUAUUUGUAAUGUUGAACACAUGGAUCCCAGAUAUCGGUGUCUGUUUACCCGUAUUGAUAUGUGCAUCUAAUUUAGCACAAUCUCCUUGUAUACAACAAUCGGUUUAUAAUUUUUUAAAUUCAAUUUCUAAUAUGAAUAACUAUACUUUCUAA